AUGUGCGACUUUUCUCAAUAUGGUGGCAAGUCAGAGGAAUGGCUGGCAUUAGAAGCGAGCCUGCCACCGCCUCCCACCUUCGCAGAUGUUUAUGAGAGACAGCGGGCAGUCAACCGAGGUCGAGAGGAGGUCUCGGCCGUGGCCAUGGAACAGCUGGCUCCUUCGAUUCGUCUCAAAGAUCACAGCAUUCUUGCCAGAGACGGAACUACGCUGGAAGCUCGAAGCUACAGGCCAGCAAAUAUCGAGGAUAAUGUCCGUCUUCCCAUCUACAUCCACCUUCAUGGAGGAGGCUAUUUCUUCGGCUCGCUAUCUUCAGAGGAUGCUAUAUCUACCCGGAUUGCACUUGGGGCGGGAGUUGCGGUGGUAAAUGUCAAUUACCGCCACACACCAGAUGCUACGUUUCCCACCGCGUGGAACGACGUUGAAGAUGCAUUCUACUGGGUACACGAUCAUAUCGAUGAGCUUCGUGGUAACUCUGAUCAGGUUCUGGUUGGGGGUAUCUCGGCCGGCGCUCAGCUUGCGGCUGCCUUGGUCUUGAGACAGAAUGUCGCCUCGCCCGAUAUUCUCCCAAAACCCAAGAUUGCCGGACAGAUCUUGAUGAUUCCAGCGUUGGUUCACUCCGGCUCAUACCAGUCUCAGCUGGACCAGCUGUCAGAUCCCUCGCUUUCCUCCUAUGUCGAGAACGAGCAUGCGCCUAUUCUUUCGCAGAAGGUCAUCCAAUUCUUCACCGGAUUACUGAAGCUUCCGGUUCUAGAUCCUGAACAUGAAGAUCUUCGCUUGAAUACCGGCAAUGCGUCAACGCUACAAGUAAGAGGCUUGCCACCUACGGUGUUUGGCAUAGCUGGACAGGAUCCCUUGAGAGAUGAAGGACUACUGUAUGGCAAAAAGCUAGCAGAGGCAGGCGUUGCCACAGAUAUUCACGUCUUCAAGGGCUUGCCGCAUGGAUUUCGCCGCUAUGGUGAACAGCUGAGUGAGUCAGCGCGAUGGGAUAAAGCCAUGGAGAAUGGAAUCAGAUGGGCCAUUUCGAAUCCCGAUCCAUCUGGGAAAUUUGAGGUUAAAACUGCCUAG